AAAAUUAGUAAAUAAAGAUGGUGGCAGCGCGUGAGCCGUGUGCGGUAUCGUCACGCGAAAAAUGUCUGGUAAAAUGAAGUGGAAACGGAGAACGUUCGCGAUCUCUCAGAAAAAUUCCAAAGUUCUAGAGACCUAGUGAUCGAGUUGAUCGUAUGGACAAUAAUAACAGUGUAAAUAGUGUAUUUUUCUUAUAUUUCCCUGGGAGCGGAUAGCAGCCGAAAAGAGGAUAAUUUGGCUCCAGAGUUCACUGUAAGAUCGACACGAGUAAGGCAAAAUGGUGGUCGGCGAGGCAAGCAUACACAACAUAAUGGGAGGGAUGGAGAGCACGGGUGGCGUCAGACUUCACAAUCACAAACGGAAGUUGAAGCAGAGGUUCGACAUCAUCAAGAAGCUCGGUCAAGGUACUUACGGCAAAGUCCAGUUAGGGCUCAACAAGGAAACCGGCCAGGCGGUAGCGAUCAAGACUAUAAAGAAAUGUAAAAUAGAAACGGAGGCGGAUCUGAUCAGGAUACGAAGGGAAAUUCAAAUAAUGUCGAGCGUGCAACAUCCGAAUAUUAUCCACAUAUACGAAGUCUUCGAAAACAGAGAGAAAAUGGUGCUGGUAAUGGAGUACGCGGCCGGCGGCGAACUGUACGAUUACUUGAGCGAACGGAAGAAAUUGACGGAACAAGAGGCUCGGAGGAUAUUUCGACAGAUAGCCAUCGCCGUCUUCUACUGCCACAAACACAAAAUCUGUCACAGAGACUUGAAGCUCGAAAAUAUUCUGCUGGACCAAGUCGGGAACGCGAAAAUAGCAGACUUUGGUCUGUCGAACGUGUUCGACGAGCAAAGGCUGUUGAACACGUUCUGCGGCAGCCCUCUGUACGCCAGCCCCGAGAUCGUCAAGGGUACUCCUUACCACGGUCCGGAGGUCGACUGUUGGAGCUUGGGCGUCCUCCUUUACACGCUGGUUUACGGUGCCAUGCCCUUCGACGGGUCCAACUUUAAACGACUAGUCAAACAGAUCUCGCAAUCCGAUUAUUACGAACCUAAAAAACCCUCGCCCGCGUCUCCCCUCAUCAAAGAUAUGCUGACCGUUUGCCCCGGCAGACGAGCCGACAUCGAAAGGAUCUGCACUCAUUGGUGGGUAAACGAAGGUUACGAGCAGAAUUGUCUCGACAUCGCCGAGGACCUGGCGGCCCAAACGCCCGUUAGAUUGGAUUUACUGCUCUCUUUGGUACCUCAAUCGGCCAGCGCGGAAAAGCUGGUCGUAGGCGAUCAACAGCCGGUCGGGGACGUCGCGAAUAACGUGUCUUCCGAAACUUUGGUACCUACCAGGUGUCACUCUGUCGGUAGCUUGAUGGAAUUGGAUCAGAACAAUUCCGACAGGCGAAUCAGAGAAUUAUUGCUGGAGGAGGAGCCAAGAACGGCGCCGAUCACCGGCGAAGCGAAGCGAAAGCUGGAGACGACGCCUUCGAUGGACGAAACCGCUGCCGCUGGCGCCAAGCGGAAAGAACGCUCCAGAAAGAAAGAGAGACCGGAAGAGAGAGAACCGAGAACGUACAAAUCCGCGUCCAGGCAUCACUCGGCCCCGAUUCCAAACUCCAUCACGGAGGAACCCAUGGAAGUCGAUCCUACGAUGAUCCUUCCUGUCAGUCCGAGCAUCGAUUUGAACACGGUGGAAUCGACGGCAGCUUGUUUGGAGUUGAUACAGGAGUGUACCGAACGAUCGCCGAGCAAGGAACGUAGCAAAACUCCGGUCGCGGUCGGACAGGAGAAACGAGAGUCCGUCGAUGCUCGAAGCGAACCCGAGGAACAACGUUCGCGGGACGAAUCCCCCAGAGCCACCGAAGACGCGUCGAUGCUCGACGAAGCGGCUAGCGACGCGACUUCGACGCAACCGGUAUCCGAAUCCGUCGCGGACACCGAUCGGGAUCGCGUUAUCGAGAACGAAACGUCGGCCAGCCACGACUCGAUCAAUUUGGAGGCGACGCAGAGGGAGUUUAAGAAAUUGAAAGAGAAGGCGCUGUCUCUCGACUCGGAAUUGUCCAGCGAAACUCGCGACGUCCCCGCGAAGACGUUCGAGAGAAGACGCUCCAAGAUAUUCGAAACCGCCGAGAAGUUCAAUCAGAUGGCGUCGAACGUGGACAGCGAAAAACCGAAGAAAAUCUUUAUACCCGGGGUGAACGUGGGAGGCGCGAAACGCGUGUUCGAAAGGAAAGCCAGUCUCUCCUCGGUUAGUACGCCUCCUCCGGCUAAACCCGGCGCUUCCAAGGUGAUCAUCGACGUUCCCUCGGAUACGAAGAAGAACGACAAGUCGAAGCCGCAACCGGAAACGGAGGGACAGCCGGACGAGGAGAAGAAGAAGGACGAAGCCAAGAAGCGAGCCGUCGAUAUAAUAAGUGGCGCGAUCGGUAAACCGCCCGUGCAAAAGAGGGUAAACGGCUCACCGCCGACUUCGCCGCCGACUUCGCCGCCGACUUCACCGCCGAGUCAAGAACCGAAAAAACUACCGCUCAAGAUACCGGUCGGAACGAACGAUUUGCGUUCGGCCACCGUCUCCGUUUCCACGCCAGUCGAUACCAAAUUCUCCUUCGACGAUCAACGAUCGGACAAGAACAAACGCGCGACGAUAUCCACGUCCGUGUCGGCGAGCACGAACGCCGAGCCGUCGAACGUCGACGAUUCGCAGUUGGACGAGCCGAAAAUGUCCAGUAAAAUGGAGAUUACGCUGAAGAGCGCGACGCUACCUAGACCGCGGAAGACCAGUAAAGCGGAGAUCUCGUUGUCGAGCGGCAAACCGCAACAAGUUCCCGUUGCGUUCAAGUCCGAAGUGGAAGCAAAGAUCGACGCGUUUCAACCGCAGAAGCUACGAACCCAAAGAUCGGAGGUCGCGUUUCCGGUCGCGGCCGUGGUGCCGCAGGUGAAUCGAAGCUCGAGCUUGGAGCCCGAGAGCAGACCGAAGUACGCCGCGCCUAAAGAGAGGAUAAUACCGAUUCAGGUGGAGGCGGAUAACGAACGAUCGCGACGCUCGUCGACGCCGCCGGCAUCGAAGCCACCCGUGGCGCAAAGAUCGAUUUCCCAACGGUCGGGAUCGUUGUCUCGACAGUCGACCGCCGACUCGGACACGGACAGCGCUCUCGGCUCGACCGUCGGCCCGGAACCGAUCAGAAAGAGUCCUCGAGAGUACAUUAUACCCAUCGCCGUGGAAGGUGGCGGAUACGUGACUCCUAGGUCGGGUAGCGUAGAACCCGAGAGCAAAACUGGCACACCGACUAGCACGAACGCUCCGCGAUCCAGGUUUACCAGACCGCGAAGAAUGAGUUCUCUUCUGUCCGACGCUAGCGAAGACGAAUCUCCCUUCUCCACGUUGCACAGGGAUAGCGAGGACCUGUUGCAGCGACAUAUGCACAGAUUGAGAAGCUCGCGACCGUCGAGGCAGCCACCGGAACACGCGGACAGCCUCUCUUCCGGAGAGGACGACGACGACGACGGAUUCGAAUUGUUGACCGCCGAGAAUCUCUUCUCCACGCUGCUCUCCAGAGUGCGAAGCUUGACGCAGAGGCUAAACGUGGACGAUAAUCGUAGCACCGGUUUUCCGAGUUCCCGACUAUUCGGAAGACUGGGAUCCAACUCCUCGCAAGCUUUCUGGGCUCUCAAUAAACCGUUGUCGAGGCGAUUGUCGGAGUCUCAAUUCAGGCAUUCUCUCAGCCGCGAAGGUGACGCGUUCUCGAAGAAGGAUUCCGUCAACUCGACGAACCCGACCACUCCGAACAGUCCAGGAUCGCGUGCCACUCCGUCGAGAGAGACCGUGUUCGAUACCGGCAACGUCACCUUACCGAGAGAUAAAGUAGAAUGCCAACACGUAGAAGCGGAGCCGGCGCGAGUCAGGAAAGAGACGCAAGAAUCCUUGGAACAAAACUUCACGCCCAGUUUGGCGAGGCGAUUGAGCAGGACGUUGAUCGAACAAAACGCCGGAUCUUCUUCCGUUUUCUACGAGAAUCGUUGCAGAUCACCGAACGGCGAGUCCGAAGCCACGGAUCGUUCGAUCGUCUCCGCCGUGUCCGAUCAGACCGAAUACAGGCAGAGAGCGGGUAGCAGAAGCCUCGGAAGAACCAACAGUUUAUCGGAACGAUCGAUCGAGAAAGCGUCGGCCGGGCGCAGCGAGUACGCCGAAGAGGACAGGGGCGACGAUGCCCGAUCAUCGAAAGAAUCGCGGACGAACGCGAGUUUCGACAAGCGAUGCAAGGACGCGACCGGCGCGAGAAACGCUUCGAAGCUUCGAAGAGAGAGCUUCCGUUCGUACGGAACGGACAAGAUCCAGGAGGAGACGGUCGACGGGGAAAAACGGGAGAAGGCCGAAAACAACGGCUCCGUCUCCGAGUACGGUUGCGAGUCGAACACGAACCUACUCGACGCGACGUCCAGCGUCUCGGCAAAAUCCUGCGAGAGCUCCUCCACCGAGUCGAAUCCCUCCUCGAACUUGUUCGAUUAUAAAUCAGCGGCCGCCUACAAGUCCGCCGAACUUUCGAGAAAUUUCGAGAACAGAUUAUUGGCAGCGGAGAAUCUGAUCAAAGAGUCGAAAUUGAAGAACCUCGGACCAACGGGUGGUAUACCGGGUAAGUUCGAUCGAAACUUGAGCUCCAGCUACAGGGACACGGACAAAUGCGAGAAGCGAUCGUUGAUCUCGAUAGGCGAACCGAUCAAUUCGACGACCACCCUCUCGAAACGACGAAGCUGCAUCCCCAGUCUGAGACUGCGUUCCGGUUCGUUGACCAGAGAACCGUUUUCCAUCGGCGAUCGUCGAAAAUCGUUCGCGGACUCGCUGGACGGUGGACUCGUAUCGCGAUCCGUCAGCCCGGAGAAGUCGCUGUUGAGCAAGUUGUUCAAAGGCGGUGGAAACCGAGAAAACGACGCGAGGGACAAAGAAAAGGACAAAGAGAAGGAGAAGGAUAAAACGCAAAAGUCGAAGCAACGCAGGAUAUCGCGAUUCCUUCGGCCAGACUUCUUCGACACGCCUAGGGAGGAGAGCCGAUACGCGAAGGAGAAGGAGGCGCAGAAAGCGGCGGAGAACGAGCGACGCAAGUCUCGGUUCAUGAGGAGGAAGACCGAGAACGGUAGCGGAAGCGGCGGCGACGCUCUCGCGGCGCGGGAAAACAGCGUCGAACGGGAGAAACAGCGAGAGAAGGAACUGAAGAACGAGAUCAACUCGCUGAAGAGGGACUCGCGGCUCUCGCGAGACGUCGACGAAUCUUUCGAGGGGAAAAAGGACGCGGCAACGUCGCCGGAGGAGAGCUCGAAAAACGGUUUCUUGCACUCGUUGGAGAAAAAACUGGAGAAGCUUCGGUCGAACGACGAAUCGUCGGAGAACGCGCGCGAACGAUCGGCACCGCCUGCCGCCGAAUCUUCCUCCAAGGAAUCGAGCUCCGCGAAGAGAGCCGUCAGCGUCGAGGAUCUCUCCUGUUCGAAGAAAAAGACCGGUCAGAAUUCGUCGAGGAGCAGAGUUUCGUCCGUUCUCGGCUUGUUCAAAAGCGGUGACGCGAAACAACCGACGCGAUCGCAAAACGCUAUUCUGAGCAAGUUGAAGAGAAGUCCGCCCAAGAGCAGCAGCAACAGCAAACCCGACGAGGACACGAGCUCGUCCGCGAGCACCGCCACCAGCAGAAUACCGACCAAGCUCGCCAAGUGCGACUCGAAGAUGAACAGAAAGAUCGUCGAGCCUAAGAGAACCGCCGACGGAGGAGGCGAGAACAACGCGAAAAGAUCUCCGACGAAGGAGACGGCCGUUAGGGCGAUCAACGGGAAAGAGAAGAAGAAAACGACGGAUCGAGAAUCGGAGGAUAAAACGAACGAGGAUAGACGAUCGGUCGCGACGAAAACGAACAAAUCGAUUCGGGCAUCGGCGGAAAACGGAUCGAGCAGCGUCGAUUCGGACAAAAAGACGAAGAGAUCGACGAAAAAAUCGCCGGGAGAGCAUUCGGAGAGCGGCGACUCCGAGGGAACGAAAAAGAAAAAGAUCGUGCGAGCGGCGAAGAAAAUCGUGAAGAAAUCGUCCGAUAACGGGGAAGAUAAAACGAGCGAGGAGAAGGAAAAAUCCGGGAAAAUUCGAGCGAAAAAGAAAACCGGUGAAUCGAACGGAUCCGAUUCCGCGGUUGGCAACGGAACGAGCAACGAGAACGAAGUAGUAGACGCCGCCGAGCGAAACAAGAGUCAGGAAUCGCAGCGACCGAACAGAAGCAACUUGAAGCUCGAUCUCUCCAAGAUACCUCAACACUCGUUCCGAAACACCACGCCCAAGAGAGACUCGCCGAAAUCCGAGUCGCCGAGAGUCGUCUCCCUUUCGAACGCGAUCGAGAAAUCGACCGCGAACGACAACGUCCCGGACAAACUGAUAGAGUGCCUUUCGAAGGUGACGCACCGCGCCAGUAUCACGGGCAACAAGAUCGUAAUAGACAAACCACUGCGCGCCAAAGACGUUGCCGAACUGAAGCGGGAGGUGACCGAAUGCGCCAAAAUGAUCGAGAGCCACGCGGAGUCGAUCUCGCAACCGACGACGGACCGAGCUGUUCUCCCGAAACGAUCGGAACGAUCGAAAGAAACGGAUGAAAAGAACGAGGAUCGCGCGGACAAGAUCGACACACCGAAACAAUCUCCGGUGGUCACUAAGAGAAGUCCGCCCAAGAGCAGCAGCAACAGCAAACCCGACGAGGACACGAGCUCGUCCGCGAGCACCGCCACCAGCAGAAUACCGACCAAGCUCGCCAAGUGCGACUCGAAGAUGAACAGAAAGAUCGUCGAGCCUAAGAGAACCGCCGACGGAGGAGGCGAGAACAACGCGAAAAGAUCUCCGACGAAGGAGACGGCCGUUAGGGCGAUCAACGGGAAAGAGAAGAAGAAAACGACGGAUCGAGAAUCGGAGGAUAAAACGAACGAGGAUAGACGAUCGGUCGCGACGAAAACGAACAAAUCGAUUCGGGCAUCGGCGGAAAACGGAUCGAGCAGCGUCGAUUCGGACAAAAAGACGAAGAGAUCGACGAAAAAAUCGCCGGGAGAGCAUUCGGAGAGCGGCGACUCCGAGGGAACGAAAAAGAAAAAGAUCGUGCGAGCGGCGAAGAAAAUCGUGAAGAAAUCGUCCGAUAACGGGGAAGAUAAAACGAGCGAGGAGAAGGAAAAAUCCGGGAAAAUUCGAGCGAAAAAGAAAACCGGUGAAUCGAACGGAUCCGAUUCCGCGGUUGGCAACGGAACGAGCAACGAGAACGAAGUAGUAGACGCCGCCGAGCGAAACAAGAGUCAGGAAUCGCAGCGACCGAACAGAAGCAACUUGAAGCUCGAUCUCUCCAAGAUACCUCAACACUCGUUCCGAAACACCACGCCCAAGAGAGACUCGCCGAAAUCCGAGUCGCCGAGAGUCGUCUCCCUUUCGAACGCGAUCGAGAAAUCGACCGCGAACGACAACGUCCCGGACAAACUGAUAGAGUGCCUUUCGAAGGUGACGCACCGCGCCAGUAUCACGGGCAACAAGAUCGUAAUAGACAAACCACUGCGCGCCAAAGACGUUGCCGAACUGAAGCGGGAGGUGACCGAAUGCGCCAAAAUGAUCGAGAGCCACGCGGAGUCGAUCUCGCAACCGACGACGGACCGAGCUGUUCUCCCGAAACGAUCGGAACGAUCGAAAGAAACGGAUGAAAAGAACGAGGAUCGCGCGGACAAGAUCGACACACCGAAACAAUCUCCGGUGGUCGACUACGCGAACGAGCCUUUCUCCCCCGUCGACGAGCCGGAGAGCUUCGACUCGUGGUCGAUCAGCUCGACCGAGCUGAACCACGCGAGACGAGAUUUGCGCUCGCCCGGAUCGCCUUCGCGCUCUUUCUACGCGAAGAGCGACGACUCGGAUUCCGUGAUCGAGCGUAUUCGCAGGCGAAGCUUCUACUCCCGAUUCAACGACAAACGGAGACCGUCGCUGACGGCACCGCCACCGGGACUGAAUUUGCCCACGAGCGCCACCUUGCCUCGUAAAUUCAGCUUUACCGGUCGGGAUCGCUGCAGCAAGUACGGUACCACCGGGUUGGCUUUCUCCUCGAACGCCGGCAGAUACGCCGCGGACAGAAACUACGCUCUGUACGCCGACGAGAACGUCGCGCUGCCGCGCAACCGGUCUCUCGACAGAUCCAGAUACUCGGACACCGAUUUCGCGUCGCCGACUGAUCAUCAUCUGCCAGCGUUAUCCUCUUCCUACGACCCGCUCAGAAGAUACCUCAGGUCCCCUACCUUCGACCUAUCCGCCUCCAGAUCGAGGUACCACAGCGCCGAUUUUGCCGAACCCGACCUCUUGGCUUACAGGAGUCCGCCUCUCCUCGCGGGUUUGUCGUCGCACAACGACGGUCACGCCACUUCCUCUUCGUCCUCCUCUCUAGCCUCCUCCACUUUGCCAAGAAAGUACUCGAGUACCGUCCCCGAGCCGAAGACCGUUCAAUACUACGAGGAACUGCUGGCUCCUAGCAGCGUGGAUUAUCUGCCGACUACCAGGAGAUCUCCGUUGUCCGGCGAAUAUCUGAAUCCGAGAUGCGAGAACGGAUACUAUAACGGAAACCUGGACGCGCGUUCCAACGACGCGAAACGAAAACCGAUGUCGGAAGUUGUCGAUCGACCGACCGAACAGACCAGAAUCAAAAGCGAUGCGAAAUGUUCGCCUUCGUCGUCCACGGAUAUCGCGACCGUUCCUACCGACGAUCACAGCUAAUUCGACUCUCGUCGCCGGACCAGCUAGCCUACCUGCCGCGACGACCUUGACUCGCAAAACCUCCAAGCAGAACGGCCGGACGAAACGGAAAACAGUAGUAAUGCUCCAGCUACCGACAUCGCAGCGUAUAAGCGACGCACGGAACAUUUUCAACGAGAUAGAUCUCGUUUCGUCGGUAUUUCUCCUCGAAACGAUCAAGUAUUCGGUAUACGUAAACAUUCGACCGACCAUCGACAAAUUUCGAUUCAGAUUUUUUUCGACUUUUAUUAUUCGAUCGCGUGCAAUAUCCAGUAAUCGUUUGCAAGCUCGUGCGCUCCUGAAAUUCGAAUUUGCGUCGACUCGAAUAAACUAGGCGCCGCCGAUUAUACAAAACUGCUGUACGAUACUCUUUCCGCGAUCGACGAAAUUUCGAUAACGAAUCGUCGUCACUGAACGCUUUACAUAUUUUUCACCGUCAUCGUCUUUAAAAUCCAAUAGCCAGACUUGUUUGGUUCGAUUGAAAAACUACGCGAUUCUAAGUCUUUACUAUAUUCUUAUUAUUAUU